GCGGGAGUAGACGUAUGGCUUAUAUUUGUCUGUAAGAAAUACACCGGUGCUUUGUGGAUGCUAAUAAAAGGAUAACUUAUUGACAUAUUGUCAUUCCGCCGACACGUCACAAUGAGACUUUCUCAGUCAAGCGCAGCUUUGACAGACAGCGGGAGGCUUAGUAGGCGGGACUUCCGGGGGCACCCCACCUGAGCGAGGGGCACCUGGAGGGACAAACAACACAGCAGAGACGCAAAGACGACUAACAGAGGACAGAAGAACGGACACCAGAGGAUAGCCGGCUCGUUUCUCUUUUAUAAGAAAUGUUUUUGCUCUGCUUUUAGGAAUCCUUUAUGGAAUAGUAAUCAAAGUCGGUUGGUUUUAUUUGGGGAAUUGUGUGGAUUUGAUAUAUUUUUAUUCUAAAAGAACAAGGAUGCGCAUACACAGGAUAUCAAUGAUCGUGUUUGUGGCUGUGAUGUGUCUCCAUUUAUCGACUACCAUUCCUGCUUCAGGAUGCGAGACAGAUGACUGCAACAAAGGUCCGAUGUCCCCUUUCCCCCUGUCGUCUCAGCAGACCCCUCGGGACAUCUUGCAUCAGUUUACCCAGGUGAACUUGCCAAAUAAGGCUGACCGUAAACACCGUGACGCCGGUGCCGUCAUACCCUUCAUCGGCCUCACCAAUAGUGCUGAGCAGAGUCGAAGCUGCUGUCAGAACGGAGGAACGUGCAUUCUGGGUAGCUUCUGUGCUUGUCCUCCCUUCUUUACUGGCAGGAGCUGUGAGUACAACCAGCGCAUCAGGCGCUGUGGUCUGGUUCCACAUGGCGAAUGGGUUCGGAAGGGCUGCUCCUACUGCCGCUGUGGUUACGGUUUUCUACACUGCUUCCCCCAAAUCUUCCAUAAAGACUGUGAUGAUUCCGAGGACGUGCACUGGUAUCGAUCCUCCGCCGCCAUGAAGCUUCAGAGCAGCUGUUUACUGAACCUGACACUGCUUCUCACACUUGGUCUUUUUCUAUGAUGUUUGUGUGCUGCUGGCCAGAAACCAGACAUUCCCAACCUGGUUGGAACUCUGAUUAUGUUUGGAAAAACUAUUUAUUUCUACUUCCUCUUGUAUGCUUCUCAUUUGAGAGGCUGUUUACAUGUCAGUGAAAGCAUACCACCUACACUUGUGGACGUGUAUCUGUGUCUUGAAGAACAUUGAGGAAAAGGCUGUACAUAACGUUUUUUUGUGAAAAUUAUAUUAUUUUUUGGCUUUUUUUCAUGGCUACGGCUACAUUUUUUGUCUUUGUGAAGGAAAGAUCCCACUUUUUUGGUUUUAUUUUGAACUUUGUGUCUUCUGUGUGGUUCAACAAGCCGUGUGACACAUGAAUAUGACAGGGUAAAACGUGUGCACUAUAUGUUUAUUAAAUAUGAACCUGUGUCAAAACUGA